ACGAGCGAUGAAUGACAACAUUGAGAAGUAGCUAAUCAGUAUUGUUCUUUUAAUGGAAAUACUUAGACAGGAAUGUGCGGGGAUGUCGAUGAGCUGUACGCAGAUCCACAAACACUCUGUAAUCUGCAUCGAGUCCACUUCUUCCGACUCGUCAAAUGACAGAACAUGUCAUCUCCACACAUGUAUUUUAUGAGCGCCUGCAGCUAGUCAAGCAGCCUGUACCUCGCUAUGGCCACCGCGGGCUUCCCCAGGAAGAGUGUGGACGUGGCCGGAGUUAACUUGACAGUUCCAGCUGUGGGCCGGCCUGUGUGUGUCAACGGGACACCGUGGAUCCUGUACCUGCUGGAGGAGUGUGUGGAUAAUGUGUGGGAGUACUGCAGCGUUGUGAUAGGACUGGUAUCCAUGUUCUGUUUUCUGCUGUCCACUUUGCCGCAGGUCUAUGAGGCAUAUAGGAAUGGUAAAGUAGAGGAGGCCAUGUCUUUUGGCUUUCUUAUCUUCCUCUUCAGUGGAGACCUGACCAGCUUUGCGGGCUGCUACCUCACCAGCCAGCUUCCCAUCCAGGUGGUCACAGUGGUGUUCUACAUCUUCACAGACCUGAUCCUCGUCUCUCAGUUUCUCUACUAUAAGAUCAAGAACAGCUCCAGCAGAAAGAGCCCUUUUCUGAAGUGGAUGUGCUUCAUGUGGUGUGGCGCUGCUUCAAUCAUUCUCCUUGCUUUACCCAAACUCCUCAUAGAUAACAGUCCAACUUUAGACACCCAGAGCCCUCCUACCUCUAGAUCAGUGGAAAUCACCGGCUAUAUCUGUGGAUACCUGGCAUCAGUCUUCUACCUUUGCUCCCGUUUCCCCCAGCUCUAUAAAAAUUUCCAGCGACAGUCCACAGAGGGCACCUCCUACCUGCUGUUCGCCCUGGCUAUGAUGGGUAACGGGACAUACGGGCUGAGCGUCGUCGUUGUCCUUCCUGCACUGAGGGGCUCAAAACAGUCCUUCAUCAUCAAACAUCUGGCCUGGCUCAUCGGCAGCCUGGGAGUGCUCUUACUCGACUUCUUUGUGACUCUCCAGUUUAUCAUGUACAGGAAGAACAAAUCUGCCAAAAGCUGCAAACCACUCAGCAUCCCAGAGGUGGAGCCAUUGCUGUGCGAGGAAGUGGAACUGUCAAUGCUAUAGGACUCAUCAUUUGGAUCAAGACCCGACUGUCAGUCUGCGGUUUGUUUUGAAAUCAAACUGUGGGUUCUUGCUGCUGAUUGACUCACUCUUGACAAGUUCAGAAACAGUACAACACUUUGUUGAAGCAUUGUAGGUAGCAGCGGGCAAUCGCAGUGUGCUUUUUGUAGUCUAUUUUUGAGCAGACCGGGGAAUGACACGCAGGAAAGGAGCUCAAACCCUGGCUGUCUGGAGAGGUUUACGGCCUCUGUACGUCAGGCCUGCAACUUUAAUGCUGGGCCAACCAGCGCCCCAUGAGUACAGAACAGUUGAUUAAUAUCUCCACUGGGAUCCCUUGAUAUUUUUAUUUGCCAUCUUGAUCUAUCACACCCAAAUGAGGAAGAUUUAACCCUGGAUGUCUUUCCACAAAUCCAAGUGUCAUAGAACAAUGAAGUGCCUGUUACAUUUACUAUUUUCUGACAGGGUAAAUAUUGAGAUAGAGGACUGCAGUAUUAUAAAAGGAUGCAUGUUAUGGGACCUUUUUUUUUUUUAACCUGAUUUGGUAUUUGAGUGGCGUAAACAUCCAAGUUUGUCUGCAGGGAACUUUUUCCUUCUACCUGAAAGAUGCUCGUUUGACUUCAGGCGUGUUAUGGCCUCAUUCCUAGUUCAAAGGGAUGCUGCAUUUCUCUGAUGUUUUUGCUCCCCUGAUAAAGAAGAGACAGUUUGUGCCUUCAAGACUAAACACGGUCUCAAUAUGAAAACACUGUAUAGCCAUUUCAGAGUUUGACUUAUUUAAAAUUGAAAAUAGAGUUAUACUAGCUAACGAUUAAGAAGUGUGUUUUGUUUUUGUAUUUUUCUGAUUCAAAUUAAAACUACAUCUUUAUGGCAUCCAAAGGCUUUUAUUCAAAAAGAGACAUGAUGGUUAACCGGCUUAUUUUAAGAUAUAUCUAAGAAUAGGAAAACUAAUAGGAUAUUAUUCAGACACUUGUUAAAGUCAUGAUAUACAAAAGUAGAGGUUUCUAUCUUAUCAGGUUUGUCAAGUCAACUUAUAAAUAAACCUUCUUAGCUUCAUUAAGGUAGUAAAGACAAAUAGAUGGAGAGCAGAAACAGAAGAGAACAAAUCAUUGUCCUAAUCAUGAGCUACAGUAAGCAGACAUCCAUUGAGAUCAUUGGUAAAGUUACAAGGACGUCAACGUUGUGUCAAAUGUUACACGGUAUGUUUGUGAUGCUUUCACUCUUCAACAAGAAUACCAAACGUACUGAUCUGCAGUUUUUCUACCUCAGUAUCGUAUAAUCGUAUUUUUCCACAGUGUGUGUUAAGAACGGGCUUGUAAUAUGAGCACAACGCUUCAUGUUCGGUAACAGUCCUUCUGUAAAUGAAGGGAAAGUUACCUGAGCCCAUGCUGCAUUUAUUUUGUAGCAUCCAUCAUUUUUUUCAUUCUUAUUUUGGUCAUGUGAUCAGUCACAGGGGCUGGGAAUCUUUGGAUGUCUCACGAUUUGAUUUGAUUUUGAUUCUGGGGGGCACGAUUCAAUUCAGAAUCUAUUUUGGAUUCAAAGCGAUUCUGGCUUCAUGAUUCAAAGUCUAUUUUUGAAUUGGUAUACACUCAGGAUCUACUCCAGUCAUCUGUGAGACUGGCUGAAUUUCUUGCUGCUCCAUUUGGCAUUCUACUGAGUUAAGAGCUAGCCUUAGCACUUAGCAGGGAGUGACUGAUUAGCCACAAAAAAAUAAUAAUCGAUUUUUGAAAGUUAUGAAUCGAUUUAAAAUCUCAGAAGAUAAGAAUCUUGAUUUUUUACUUAAAUCGACUUUUUUUCCCCACCUCUAGUGAUCACUUAUGUCCAGUUUGGGUCCCUUAUCCAUGUACUUACAAGAAGAGGCCAUAAAUCUUGGCGUGGUCUUCGACACCAGUCUCUCAUUUAAUACUCAGUUGUCCAAAGUGGUGCUGUCUUAUUUCAACGAUAGCUCAGAUUCGUUUUCAAGGUUAGAUCCUUUCGUUCUUGUUUAGAUUUAGAAGGUCAUUCAUGCAUUCCUCACCCUCAGACUUGAUUACUGUUAUGCACUGUACUCUAGCAUCAGUGAGGGAAGCAUUCAAAGGCUACAGUUUGUACAAAAUGUUGCUGCUUGGCUUAUAACUCCCUCCAGAAGAAGCACAUCACUCCUGUUCUUGGUGCUCUUCCCUGGUUACCAGUUAGUUUUAGAAUUCAUUUUAAGGUUUGAGUUUUAAGUUUUAAAGCCUUACACAGUCAGUCACCAUGUUGUUGUUGUGAUAUUUUACCGCACCUGAUUUCUGUCUGAGUUCCUCUGGCAGGAACGUUUGGUUCAUUCCUGAAUCUCGACUUGUGACAAAAGGUAACGGGGGUUUGAGAUGUUUUGGCCCCUAAGCUUUGCAACUCCCUGCCAGAGGAUCUCAGAUUAUGAGCCAAGUCUGUGUCCACUUUUAAAUCGUUGCUGAACACUUUCCUUCAUCCAAGGGCCUUCUCUUAAUUGGUGUGCUUCUUUACCUUUUUAUAAUUAAUUUAAUUUAUUUUAUCUUACUGUGGAUUUUUAACUUUUUUACAUCACUGCCUACUCUUUGUUGUUUUCCCCCAUGUAUUGAAAUGUUGGCCUGUGUGGCACCUUGCAAUUCUGGUUUUGAAAGAUGCAUUAUAAGUAUAUAUAUUAUUACUUUAUUAUUAUUAUUAUUAUCAUUAUUAGUAUAGGCAUUUUUUACCCAUAGUCUUUGUAAAUUAUUUUUGUAUUGCAUGAUUCAUACUUUGAUACCUUCUCAGUUAUUUUCCAAAUGAGCCUGAUAUUAUCCUUCUAAGCAUAGCACUUAAACCAGCAUAUUUAUAGUUAAUAUAACUCGCUGCAUAAUGUAGGACACUUAACUUAUUUUUACUUUGAAAGUGACUGUGUUCUUCAGAUGUAUUUAUUGUAUCACAUUAAAGCUCCUGUGAGAUGUUUUUAGCUGGCCAUGAGACAGACUGAAAUCAAUAAUAAUGCCUCUUUAUGACCUACAAAAACAAAUUAGACAAACAGCAAGAGGAAUAAUGAUAUCUAUAUUGUAGUUUGUAAUGCCUGUAACCCCUGCCAGGGGGGCAGGUAUCACACACAGUAAUUUACUGUAAGCUGACAAAACAGACCUUUUUUUCUACAUGAAUGAUUCUCAACAAACUAAACAUUUUAAUGUUUUUUCCGCAAAGAUCAUCGAGAUAGAUACAAACGGAAAAAUCCUCACAGGAGCUUUAAGAAAUACGGCCAGUUUUAUUAUAAAUGUUAGCUCUUUACUUUCCUUAUGUAAAAAUUCCAUAUUUAUGAUCACAAGUGAUUAUUUAUUGUACAAAACUUGAAUAAACUGCGGUAGUCUUUGAA